AUGACCACCUUCGGCAUGCCCUUCUUCCUCGAGGACACCACCGGCCGCGUCACCGGCUCCGAGUUCGUCGACCUCCACAACCGCAUGCACCUCAGCCUCAAGCAGACCCUCAACGACGCGACGCACUCUGCCUAUGUAAUAUACGACCUCUCCUCGCGCGCGUCCGGCGCCGGCCGUGGCGGCUACCUCCUGCCACUCGCCACCCUCGACUUUCCCGCAAGCAACGCCCUGGGCACAAUCAAAAUCGGCGACGGCGCGCACGUCCCGAUGGGCGACUACCUGGCCAAGUCGGGGAGGUGCGUCUCGAGGGCGCGCAAGUUCCGGGCAUCCGACGGUCAGGAUUACCGCUGGACCCUGCAGGCCAACGGCGAGUGGCAGUGUGUAAAUGCUAGGAGCGGGUACCACAUCGCGACCUACAGCAUGAAGCCCGCCGGAGAACCUCAGUACUCGGGCUCGUCGGGCUGUAUGCUCACUGUGGAGGAGGCCUACCCUCACCUCGUCGGCGAGCUGCUCGCGUCGCUGAUAAUUAUGCGAUAUAUCGAACAACACAACCUCUGAGCGCAGCUCCGCCCCGGAGGCGUAUCGAGCUGAAGACCGACAUCCUCUGGCACAUGCACGCUCUGCUCGCGGCUCCUGUCUUGUCAUGCAUCCGUGCCCGCCUCCUCAUUCUCUCCUCCUACCUCAGCUUACACUAAUCACGGCGGGCCCUGCCUAGGCCGGGGCCCUUUCGCUACGGUACCCGUCUACCAUAUAAUCCCUAGUGUCCUUCUCCCUAGUAGCAAACAAAAAUAGCCUAAUGUACGCGUAUGUAUACUUGCUACCAUCAUCACCGUAGAUAGUCUCGACUCGGCCUCGUACUAACAGUAGUCCUCACUAAGUUACUUUAUCAUCAUAUUCCAUGUACAAAAUAUUCAAAGCGCUUCUUGCGUCAACUCUCAUAUUUUCGUCACGCC